UAGAUAUUCAAACCGCAUUACUUUGAUCGAAUCACAGACUAGACAAGAAAGUAUAUUUUACGAAUCAUAAAAUAAGUUCAUUGUGUAAUUUGAAUUCAAUUGUAUGGCAAUUUUAAAAUUAUUAAGACAGAUAUUAAUAGACCGAAAUUUCGUGGAUGCGCCAACGCUUCUUAAAGAUGCCAUUUUACAAUGGGAUUGCAUCUUUUCACAUAUUGGUAGAGGGCUUACUCUCUUCGCCCGACCAGCUCAGCACACAUUCGAGCCGAGACCAAAAAUGUUUUGUGUUCGUUAUGAUAACUCACAAUUAACGAAAAUUAAACAUUCAAUUAGCCAGGUAAAAUUCAUGUAUAAUUUAGGAGCUUGUCUUCUUCUUUGCUUUUACUUUUCGUGUGGUAAUGUUCCAACAAAGCGGCAUGAAGAAUAUUAUAAGACAAUUUCGGUGAAAAGUUCCACCAUGAGUUACAUUGAUACAGGUGGUGAUUUUGAAAAUACGGUUGUCUUUUUGCAUGGAAAUCCGGCGUCAUCUUACCUAUGGAGAAACAUAUACCCGAAGAUUUCUUACAUCGCCCGCUGUCUUGCUCCUGAUUUAAUUGGAAUGGGUCGUUCUGAUAAAGUCGAGGAUCUCAUGUAUACGUUUGAUGAUCAUUUCCAGUAUCUUUCUGAGUGGAUGAAUAAGGUUGUGAAAACUAAAAAAGUGACACUAGUGCUCCAUGACUGGGGAUCAGGGCUUGGCUUUCAUUGGGCAAACUUACAUCGUGACAGAGUUCAAUCUAUUAUACACUUUGAGAGUGUGACCGGCCCAAUUGUUUGGGGAGAUUACAACGAAAAUGCAAGACGUCUUCUACAAACAUUCAGAGGACCGCAAGGUGCGAUUGUAGCUCUUCAAAAUGAUUUACUUGUCGAGAGUAUAAUGACUGGCGGUGUAUUGAGAAAACUCACAGAAGAAGAAAUUGCAGAGUAUAACAAACCUUUCAUAAACCCCGGAGAAGACAGGAGACCUCUGUUAGCUUGGCCAAAACAACUCCCAAUUAGAGGCGAAGGUCCAAAUAAUACACUUGCAUACGCCGAUUCAUAUCAGAAGUGGCUUUCAACAAGCUCCUACCUUCCAAAGCUACGCAUUCUUGCUAAACCGGGAGGCUUGUCGUCAAUCGUGGAAAAACAAUCUGAAGACUGGCCGAAUCAGAUGACGGUUACUGUAAAAGGACUCCACUUUAUCCAAGAAGAUUCGCCUGAAGAAAUUAGCGACGCUAUCUACUGCUUUUUGAAUCUUAAAGUGUUCAGUAAACGCUUGUCCUAAAUGAUCAGAAAUAACUGUUUAGUCAGUGAAUGGUGAUAAUCGCGUACGCAGUUUCUCACAGCGCAGUUGUUUGACUUACUGUAAAAUAUUGUACAGCAUUAACUUUUACCUUUUGAUUGAUAUACAAUAUUGUGCUACUCGAGUAAAUGAAAUUGAGAUGCUUUAUGUGGUCUAGAACAGCGUUUCCCAAACAUUUUCGGCCAUGGAACACUCACACUUUUUAUCUCGCCUCCGGGAACAGCACAAAAUGAAAUUGAUAAAGAAAAACGCUGUAAUGCUGCGGUUCCCAAUGGGUUUGCCGUGGCGAGUUUUUUCCAAAUGCGUCGCGAAAACUAUCAGAAUUGUGUUAAACAUACCUAUAAUAUGAUUCAAUAUUAUACAUAUUGCAUUUAUAAUAAAUAUUUAAUUAAGGAGAAUUGACAUUUUGCCUUCAUUCUUUAGAAGACCUACUUGUUUGCCUAUAGCAGGGAUGGGCACCCCUGCCUAUUUAUUUGGCACACGAGCGAGGCCUCGGAAACGAGAUCAUUCUCUUUCAGAUGAAAUGUUUCAAGACUCUGAAUUAUCUGAUGAAACUAGGUGUUCGUUUAUUCAUUAUCAUUUGUUAACAAACUCUUUUGUACUUUCAUGAUAUAUGGCUACAGAAAAAUAUAGUAUGACGCAACAACUGAG